AUGGUUGCAGCAAAGGUCCCGCCGAGCGGCAUUUGGGCUCCCGCCAUCACCUUCUUCGACAAUGACCAGCUCACUCUCGAGGCGCAAGCCAAAUACUACUCCUACCUCGCACAGACCGGCCUGGCGGGCCUAGUCAUCAUGGGCACAAACGGAGAGACAUUCCUGCUGACGGCGCAGGAGCGGGCGACGCUCAUCGCCACAGCGCGCAAGGCGGUCGGGCCCGACUUCCCCAUAAUGGCCGGGUGCGGCGCGCACAGCACGGCGCAGGUGCUGGGCCACAUCGAGGACGCCGCGGCGGCGGGGGCCGACUACGCGCUGGUGCUGCCGCCGGGCUACUUCGGCAAGGCGACGACGCCGGCCGUGGUGGAGCGCUUCUUCGACACGGUGGCCGAGAAGUCGCGGCUGCCCGUCGUCAUCUACAACUUCCCGGCCGUCACCAACGGCAUCGACCUGGACAGCGACCUCAUCACGCGCCUGGCCCAGCGCCACCCGACCAAGAUCGUCGGCGUCAAGCUGACGUGCGGCAGCGUCGCCAAGGUGGUGCGCCUGAGCGCCGCGCUGCCCGCCGACCAGUUCGCCACGUUCGGCGGCCAGAGCGACUUCCUGCUGGGCGCGCUCGCGUCGGGCGCCGCCGGCUGCAUCGCCGCCUUCGCCAACAUCGCGCCCCGCACCAUCGUGCGCAUCUACGACCUGUGGAAGGCGGGCAAGGCCGACGAGGCGCUCGAGCUGCACAAGAAGGCUGCUCUGGCUGAGAACCCGUGCAAGGCCGGCAUCGCGACCGUCAAGUUCGUCGCCGCGCACUACACGGCUAAGAGGGCGGGCAUUGAGGGCGCGGACAAGCUGGCUGUGCCCAGGGAGCCAUAUGUCGCGCCGGCUGAGGGUGCGAAGACGGCGACGUUGGGUGCGUUGGCGGAGAUACAGCAGAUCGAGGAGAGCCUGGGAAAGGCGUAG